AUGUCUGACGACGUAAUGGUUUCUAAAGUUAUUCUACAGGAACAGCGUGGAAAUUUUUUACUAUCUGAUGUAAAGGAAGAACCACGUGAUUCCAUCCCAACCCCGUCAACUUGUUCUGACAAUUCACACAUUCCCAUCACUACAGCUGUUCAUGAGGUCACCCAACCAACCAAUCAAAUUCAGCUGGGAGCUACAUUUAGUUACAUAUCCCCACCACCUUAUUUCUCAACAGCUGAACGUUUAAAUAUUCCAGGAACACAUCCUCUUACUUGGCCAAAUAUUUACCAACAACAGAUCUCUGGAACAUCUAAUGAACCUUUAAUGUUGCAUAAUGUAUCGACUGUGCGAAGUUGUUCUCCUACCAUUACUACCGUCAGUACUUUAACUCCUGUUCUUUUGUCUGGCGUAUUUCCUUCAUAUCCACCACAACAGUUCCAUCAAAAUCAACCAUUACCUAAUCCCAUACACAUUCAAAACUCUUCAUCUAGUGCACUUGUAAGCACUGGUCUUCAUUUUCCUUUGAACGAGACCAUUAAUUCGUCAUCUAUAGGUAACAAUGCGUUUUAUGGAUUUUUACCUGGCAGCGGGAAUCCUUCGAUAUUACAAUCAUCUGGACCAACAGUUUGCAAUGCAUUUAACCAUAACCCUGUUCAUCCAUUGUAUCAUAAUAACAAAUAUCUCCUAGCUCCUCAGUAUUCACCAACAAUUUCAACUUCAACUGUCUCAACAUCAAGUUAUCUACCAUCUAACCUACCAAUUCAUAUUCAACCAUCAAUGAUAACACUAAACCCAACUAUUGAAUCAACUGAUGACAUUAGCAGAAUAAUCUCUAACUCUUUCAAUGUCGAAAAUCGCACUCAUGGAAAUAAUAAUAAUAAUAAUAAUAAUAAUAAUAAUAAUAUUGUUUCACAAACAGUUAUUCAUCCUAACGUUGGUAGCUCUUGUACAAGUCAUCUUUCAAAUAAGAAUUCUAUUCCUAGGGAACUUGCUCAUUCAUCAUAUGAAUCAUCGCAUCAACAUUCUCUUAUUAAAUCGACAAUACGCAAGAGUAGUUCUACAGAACCUGUCAGUAAUAUCAAUAAAAUACAGUCAAUUUCAUCAGGAGCAGUAGCAACAACAGUACAGGCAGUCUCAACGACAACUGGUGUCCCUGUUUUGGACAAACAAAUUCAUGUUACAGUAUGUUCUACCUCUGCUACAACUAUGACUACUACUAGCUCUACCGCUCCCAUUAUUGACAAUAAUUUUGAUCCAAUAAUUGAAAGUUCUUUCGAUGGAGUUCUAUGGGGUCGUAUAUAUCGUCGUGCAGAUGGUGAUUUAAUGCUUCCUGGAUUAGGUACACUUUGUACAUUUAAAAGUUCAAAUUCAGUGUUAAGACAAAUCUGUCAAAUGACUAAAACAGACGAUAGUCUUGCAUUACAACUAUCGCCAUCUAGAGUUCAAAGUGAAAUUGAAAAAAAUCAUCUAUCAACUUCACCAUUGAAUCCAUCAUCGAAAAAAGGUCUUCAUAUUUGUCUUUGUUGCCGAUUAACAUUUACCAGUAAUUCUGUAUAUGAAUGUCAUUUGAAUCGUUCAGUAGCCCAUAUGUAUUAUCGAUGUCACAUUUGCAUACAGUUGAAUAGUAAUAAUAAUGUGUCUACAACCAAUGCAAAUAGUGUAAAUUCCAUGUUAAUUCCCAACGUAACAACUGGUACAGAUUCUAGUAUUGCAACGACAACGAUAACGACUACUAAUACUGCUAUUAACAACAAGAAUGAAAAAAUUGCCAACCAUAAAAAUGUUACUGAUUUUCAAUUUUAUUCAAUUCUACCUGGUUAUAUCAUAAAAGCGAACAAUCAUUGCGCUAUAUUCAGUCAUUUCACAUCGGCUCAUCCUAAUCAAAUGGGUUUAUGGACAUUGGAACCAUCAUUGCUUACUAUGUACUCUUUAAGAGGAUCUAUCACAAGUGCAGAUUUAAAAAAAUCAUCACUUUCGGAUUUAUUAUCAAAUGCUCCAAAAGAGAAGACAUUAAAUCAACUUUCAAAUCAGUCUGACAGAUUUCCAUCUGAUCCAUUCUCUAAUCAUACAUGUCUAUCAGGAAUUCUCAGUGAUCUUCAUCAAAGUCUCAACAAUAUAUCUGGUCUAGAUAAUUUCGACUUGCUUCAUCCAUCAUUGUCAACAUCACUGAAUAUUAAUAACAAGAAUAGUCAUGAUUAUAAUUUAUUGUCAGAUUCUCCUAUCAUCAAUGCAAGUGAUUAUGAUGAUAAUAUUAUCAUUGAAAAGUUCUAUUCCUUACAACGUAUUUACAAACCGAUAGUAAUUCAUUGUCAAAAACAAAUAACCAAUGAAACUACCACUGACAACAAUAUUCAUCAUCGUCAAUUGCAUUAUGACUUGCAUCUACCGAAGUUGCCUAGUUCCGACAGUUUAUUAUUUCGUAUUAUUCUUAGUCUGGCCAAUUCUGAUAUUUGGCAAAGUCAUCUAUUCUUAUCGAAUUGGUGUCAUAAUAAUAGUAAUAAUUCAAAUAAGUCGUCAUCGAAUGAAAAUGGAGGUGUUGACAAGUGGAGUACUUUUAUGUGUUGCUAUGGUGCUAAUAAUAAGAAGAAUAACUCUUCAGAUAUUUUAUUCAGUAUCGAUGACGAUGAUGAUGAUGAUUACGGUGAUGAUGACGAUGAUGGUGAUGAUGAAGACCGUAAUCGUGAUUAUGGACGUGAUUUUCACAGUAAUAUUAAUUCUAAUAGUAGUGACAAAAGUGUCAUUGAUAGGAAUUUUCAAAGCAGAAUAUUAACGAAGCCAUUGUCUUUACCAAAACUGUGUGAUACUUGUCUACCACCUUCCGCUCCAUCAAUUACAUAUUUGAAUGAGGCUCUAGGUUCAUUGAUUUCUUCCAAAUAUGAUGAUCAUCAUGCUUCAAUGUGUUCUACAAAUACAACAGUCAGCCGAACGUCUGAUAAUAUAUGCAAACCGAAAUCAGUGAUAUCCAAUUCGGAUCAAAAGUUUGGGAUAUUACGUUGUUUAGUUUGUAAAUUUCGAACAAAUAAUCAUAAAUCACUUAUUGAACAUCUUAUCGGUAGUCCACCAUUAAAUCAUACAAAAUGUGGUCUAUGCGGCCAAUUGUUAUUUGCUAAUCAACCGUCACUUUGUUCAGUUAAAGCGCAUCUACUCUUACAUUUAGGCUGUUUUUUAAUGUGCCCUCAAUGUGGAUUUACGCCUCCAUUACAUUUGCCGCCAGACUGUGCAGAAUUAUGUUUACGUGUUCACCUGCGUUUUGUUUGUUAUCAUUUCAAUUUGAAAGAAAUAUUUCGAUGCAAUUAUUGUGAUGGGGAUGGUAAAGCUUAUCCUACUUAUGAUAACUUGUGUCACCAUCAUUUGGGACAUCAUGUAAAGCGAAUAUAUUCAUGUUUAUGGUGUGCACAACAAACAUGUAGUAAUAAUUCUGAGAGUUAUAAUAAUAAUAAUAAUACAAAUUAUACUAGUACCAAAGCUUUUCAGAUAUCAGAGACAGCAGGUGAUAAUGCCUCAAUUCCAGUUCAUGACGUCUUAAAAAGAAAACUCACAUCUGCAGCAUAUCUUACGGCUUCUAUUCAUAUGAAUAAAGAAAAUAUCAAAUUGACAUGUUCCACGAAUACAUCACAUACAAAUUCACGUUCUAACUCCUCUCAUGGUUCGGUCAAUAGUUCAAUUCUUAAUAAGACUCAAAGUAUUUUUCGUUCCAAUUCCAUCCAAGAAUUUUUAGGUCAUUUCAAAAGUGUUCAUUGGUCUUCUAUAGUUUCUAGUGCUAUCGAAAAAUUUAACAAGUGCGGUGCUGUCCAACAUGAAUUUGAACAAUCAUCAGAUAACAUCUUAACUAUUGAUGUUCCAGAGUCGCCACCACCACGUUCUCUUCAUCCCGCUGUUGUUGUUGUAGGUAAUAAACAAACAUCUUCAGUCAAUAAUGAUGUUCGUAAAGUUGGUAAUUGUGUUGGUAAUGAUGGUGUUACUUCUUCAGAUCCACAGAAAUCAUCCAAAUACUCGGAUGUUAUACAAAUGAUAGAUGAAUUACAAAAGAUUCACACGAAUGACAAUAAUAAAAAUGUUAAAAAUAAGUUAUCUAUAAAGUUAGCUCCAAAGGUUGAUUAUGGUAUAGAACUUCAAUGUAUUGAAUGUUCUAAAGAAUUCAGUACGAGAGAACACUAUAUGGAACAUUUUCAAAAAGAACAUGCAUCAAAAUGUAAUCGUGGAUGCUUUUAUCGUUGUUUUGGUGCAUGUAAACGUCUUCUACCAAAUAUUCAUGAUUUUCGUGAACAUUUAGCUGAAUGUCGUCAUGCCCAAUCUAUAUUUUAUUCAACAUUUGGUCAUUUCUAUAACAAAGAUAAAGCAUUUGAUUUGUUCAAUGUUGAUUCAUUGCCAAUAAAUGUAGAGAAUAAUAAUAAUAAUAAGCAUACAAUUGAUGAACGCCAAGAACAAUUAAAUGUAAAUAAUACUGAUCGAAUAUAUUCAAGAAACGUGCAUAAAAUUAAUAAACAUAAUAUUGAUGAUAAUAGUAAUACUAUACAGGGUUGUAAAUUAUGUUUCUGUGCUUAUUGUGGAAUUGGUUCACAAAAAAAAUCUAUGAUGAAUUCUUCGUCUAUAAAUUUACCAGAUCCAGUGUUACCUAGUUUAGAAUCCUGUACAUCAGAUGACGGUAAUUCUAUCCCAAAUAUCAGUAACAUUACAACGAACACCAUAAGUAACAAUAAUGAUGAUAAUAGUAAUAGCCAAUUGAAUAAUGGUGUUAACGUUGUCCUACAAUCACAGUUUUCAGUAGAUAGUAUCAGCACUGGUUAUUUAUCGGAAGAUGAUCAUACUGGAUUUGAUACAACUAAACAACCAAUGCAUAACAGCACAAUUAAUAAUCAUAAUACUAAUAUCCAGCGAUAUAAUCUUUACACACCAAAAUAUUUUUCUAAUUUAAUUAACUUACAUAUUCAUGAGAAUAAUUGUCAUUAUUCAAAACGAAAUAAAUUAAUUGCAUGUCCAUGGUGUCAUAUACGUAUGACUUGUAGAAAAAAGGAUAAAACUCGUGCUACCCAUAUGCAUUUAUUCUCACAUCUUCAUGAACAUUGUAUGGCUACUUGGUGUCUUGAACGUAUGCGUAAGUGGAAUGAAAAUGCCAAAGUUCUGCCAAAUUGUGUAUGUGGAUUGGCUUUGCUCGAUUCUCCACAGGCUAUUUUAUCACAUGCCGGAGUUCACUUAUUAUAUACAAACAAAUACAAUUCUUCCAAUAUUAUCCCAGAUUCACUACAACAUCGUUCAUACAAACACUCGUUGUCAUCAUCACCAUUAAAAUCCCAACUAAAUUCUUCUGAAGAAUGUUUAUUACCCAAACCUAGUGAUCAUAUUCCCUGUCCCAUAAAAAUCUAUCGACACUUACGAUUCGGUGUUUCCGCGAAAUUCGAUACCCAUCUUUCCGAGUUUAGUCAUCGAAGUUCAUAUUUCACAUGUCCUGUGUGUAUGACUAAGCUAAAUACUCGUUGGGCUUUAACACAGCAUGCUUUUUCUGAGCAUUGGGGCACUCUUUGUUAUAUUUGUUGUAUUUAUACUGUUAAACCGAUUGAAGAAAAUUCCUCAGCAGAGAGAAAUAAUCAUAAUACAAACCCUCCAAAUCUAUCUACUAUAUCCUCGUCCUCCUCCUGUCCGUCGUCGUCAUCACCAUCAACUGCAGCAUCAGUAGCAACAUUUGACAGAAGUAAUCGAAACGGUAAAUCAAAAUCGGAUUUAUCCACUACAACAUUAUGGGAUCAUAUAUUUCUUUGUAUGAAUAAACGUCUUGAAUUGUUGACCGCUUGUCAUCACAGCACACCUACAUCAUCAUCAUCAUUAAUAGGAUCAAGGAAUGAUCAAAAUAAUUCUGAAUGUUCAUUGGAAGAAAUUCAAUCAAAUUUCGAAAAAGAAAAUGAUGAUUUAUCAGUACCCAAUGCUACAAUUGUUAUUGACAGUUCACCAGAAAGUUGUGAUCAUGGUAAAUUAGUUUCUUCACAGCAAAAUAAUUGGAGUUCGUGUUCUGGAGUUGUUAAUACUUCUUCAUCUUCUAUCAGUACUAAUAUCACUAGUGUCAUUACUACUUCUAAUACAAUGCUUAGUAAUCCUCCUACUUUUGUUGUCUCAGUUGGUAAUUCUGUUAGUUCAUCAAUUACAACUGCAACAUCUUCAUUCACGCCAUCGACUGAUAAUUCUGACAAAUAUGUACAUAAAAUUUUCAAUAAAAAAUCAUUGGAAAUAAAAAAUACAUAUCGUAAACGUUCCCUUCAAGUAGAUAAUACUUAUGAUAAUGAUGAUGAUGACGAUGAUGAUCGGGAUUAUGUUGGAGAACAGAAUGUUGUUAGUGAUUAUGUUACAAAUACUGACCACAGUAUGAAAUCAAAAAAUCACAUCGCAAACAACUGUAAAUUGGUGAUUAAAUCGAAAUCAUCAGGAUUGAAUACUAUACCACAGUCCACAUCUGAUAUUUCUAAAAAACGACGUAUCUCAAAAGAUUUAGAUGAUCAUACAAAGAACCAUGGUGCUUGUCAUGAUGAAAUGGUAAAGAACAAUUUAACUACUUGUAGUAGUAGUAGUACUAUUAGUAGUGCUCCCACUACUCACAACAUUACUACUACUAGUAGUAGUAUGAAUUAUUCUACCUUUUCUGGUAAUUAUUUACACAAUUCCGAUUUAGAUGAACAAGAUUGCUCAACUAUCUGUCCUGAUGAUAACGACGUUAAUACAGAAAAAAUUUGUGUAAUUUGCGGUAAAAAACAAACAGCUGAUACAUGGGAAGAACAUUGUCUAUCUCAUCGAAAUCCUAAAAUGGCAUGGGACGGUGUUCGAAUCUCUCAACCAGAUCGACCAGCUUUCUGUGAAGUUAGACCUAUUAAAGUCUAUAGAUGUUACAUUUGUUAUAGACGAUUUACUAUUCGAUCUUCAUGUUUUCGUCAUAUGACCACUGUGCAUCGUUUAAAAAAGUCGCAGUUAGAUGCAAGUCUUUUAACUGAAUUAUCUAGUCCAAAUUCAAAAAGAACAAAUUGUCCUGAAUUGAAUAAAUUAAGUUCAGAGUUGGGAAAUUGUUCACUUAGUUUAUCAAAUUACAUCAAAAAUAGUAAAAGUCAUAUUUCACUGAAGAAACCUGUUAAUAUUACUAGUACUACUACUAAUAGUAGUAUCACCACUACUACUACUACUACUACUUCUCCAUUGAAGCAUCAUUCAAUUUAUAAUAAUAUAUCAAAUACUGUUGAUUCUAA